AAUGACAGCGGUGGUAAAUUUGCCGAGCUGCUGGUGUUCGGAUACGCGUGUAAGGUGUUCCGGGACGAUGAGAGGGCUCACUACCACGAGCAGGGCAAGCACCUUAUCCCAUGGAUGGGGGACAAGAGCAUCAUGAUUGAUAGGUCGGUUUAACAAACGAAAAAGGAAAACUAUACCUAAUCAACUAAUGUAAUGCCUUCCAAAAGGACAGAUUGGAUAUGUUGUUUUUCUCUCUCCUUGUAUUUUUUUUUAGUUGAGAAAUCACUCCUUGACACAACGGCGGACAACAGAUUGCCUAGCUUUUUCAUAAUUUUCGAUAAAGCUGAAGACGUAAUGCAUAAAAUAUUUGUGAAAGCAAAACUGUACUAACAUUAAGAUGCGGCGUCCUCUUUUGUGGCUUGGUACAAUACUAAACUUUCCGUAGUGUCAGUAAGUUUAUAUAUUAAUAGCAUCAUAGGGCACUUUUUCACAAUUGGGUGUUUUGCCUACCUAUGUGCUAAAUUGGAAGAGGGAACCCCGGUCCAGCAAAUGCAUGAAAUCAGUAUAGUAUUUUUAAACAGUAAAUUAUUAAGCCGCUUUUGUAAAUGACUAAUGGUAUAAAACACACAAUUGUAAUAGAGUUCUAAGUUAGAACACACCUUUUCCAUUCCAGAAUCCGAUCUCUGACCACUACUGGGAAGAGGACGCUUCAUCUUACAAGAAUCUGCUCUGGUACUUUUAACACUAGCAGUGCUUGCUCAGGAUAUUUCCCCUGCAUUGUAACCUACUAUACAUUUUAAUGUUUUCAUAGCUACUGACCUGAAGGCACGUACACAUUUUUGUUGCCAUGUUAGAAUACAGGCCUAUUGUGUACACGGUCUGGCAAAGUUGGCUGCUGUUGAAAUGAGACCAGAGCAAAUUUAAGUUCUGUAAAUAUAAACAGUAAAUUUAAGGAGGUUCAUUUUGUUUCGUUAGCCAGCCCUACCUACCUUCACAACUUCUUUAACAUAUAGUGGCAACCAGGACUCAUGUACAGAAGUCAUGGCAUGGGACUGCAUUCUAAAUACAAUAAAUUCAGCUUGCAUUUUGUAGGUACCAUUAUUGCAUGUAAAUAUUUCCUUUUAAACAGUCUACAAAAGUAAAGCUUUGAUAUCGCAGAAAGUUUCCUUAAUGAUUAAUGGUAGGAACACCCAAUAUCAUUUUAACAAUGAAUGUUGUUUGGAGGAGACCAUACAGUAACAAGAUAAAGGCAUCUAAAAUUAGUAACAAUUGAGGAAUGUUAUCCAGAAGUAUCAACCCCCUACCUACAAAAUACUAAUAAAGUAAAUAUUUUCAUAUGUAGUCUCCAUAGCCAUGUACUCCAGCUUUAUUUAAAAUAAAUAAGUAAACUUUAGACUGGCCCUAGAUCUGUUUGCCAUUAAUGAUAGUGAACCUUCUUAAUCUGCAUGUAGCAGUACUUGUUUCCAACGUGUGUGUCUCUCUAUCACGUAAUCCAGACCUUAUUUCCUCAGCGAAAUGGCUAGGGAUCAAGCCUAGCCCUGAUUGGCUCAUCAGCGCCUGCACCUUUCUUUUGCCGAAGAACUCUGGACUGAGAGGUGGGAUAGCGGAGUGAACGCAGGGAAAUUUCGUCCGUUUCGUUCUAACGGAUAGGUAUUUAUGUGCUCGGGUUUGUGUGGAUGUACAUUUUUUUUUCAUUUGUAGAGGAAAGAAAAUACUUUGCCCCAAGUUAAACAGAAAGGAAAAAAAAAAACAGGAAUGGUUGAUUGAACCGUGUAAGGUACGAUGGCCGCGGGCAUUUACAUGACCUCUCUGAAUACGAUGCAGAAUCAUGGAAUCGCGACUACCAUCUCUCAGAGGAGGAGGCCAGAAUCGAGGCCCUGUGUGAUGAGGAGAGAGGAAGAAUAUAAGCGCCUGAGUGAGGCCUUGGCUGACGAGGGCACCUAUAACGCAGUGGGGUUUCAAUAUAGUGCUGAUUACUACGACCCCUCACAGCCCACAGAAGAGGAGGAGUUAGCCAAAGAGGCUGCAGAACAGGAACCAGAAGAGAGUGAAGAGCCAUUCAUUGCACCCCCUGGACUCAGUGUAGCCCCUGAUGUGGAGCUGCCUGCAACAACUAAAAUGCAUGCAAUCAUUGAGCGCACAGCCAGUUUCGUCAGCAAACAAGGAGCUCAGUUUGAGAUCAUGCUGAAAGCCAAGCAGUCCCGGAACUCCCAGUUUGAUUUCUUGCGCUUUGAUCACUACCUGAACCCUUACUACAAGCACAUCCUGAAGGCCAUGAAGGAGGGCAGGUACAUCUCGCAGACUGAGACCAAACCAGACGAGAACCAGAAUUCUGGAACAGAUGACACAGACGAUGAUGAAGAUGGGUGUUACCUUCAUCCCAGUCUCUUUGCCUCUAAAAAGUGCAACAGACUUGAAGAACUUAUGAAGCCAUUGCAAGUAAUGGAUCCAGACCACCCUUUGGCAGCCUUGGUCCGGAAAGCCCAGCAAGACAACAAUGCAGCAACAAAGAAAGCAGAAGAGAGUUUGGCAGCAGCAGCAGCAGCAGCGGCGGCCUCAGCAACCGCACAAGCAGAGUACCCUACAGACCCAACAGUAGCUGCAAUGUAUUAUGGGUCCUACAUGCUGCCUGAUGGGACCUACUGCCUUGCCCCUCCUCCUCCCGGGGUAGACGUCAACGCCUACUACAGCUCUCUGCCCGCUGGAAUUUUACCAACCUCUUCAGGAGUGGUGGCCCCUCCCCCUCCGGGCACCACACCCCCACCUCCCCCGGCUGCAGUCGAGGUCUCCAGUAGGACAGUUUCUACUCAAGCAGCCACUGUGCCAACAAGUUCCCAAGCCCCAGUUGCUGCCAUUAUUCCCCCGCCUCCAGACACCCAGCCUGUCAUUGACAAGCUUGCUGAGUAUGUUGCAAGGAAUGGGUUAAAAUUUGAAACCAGUGUCCGUGCCAAGAAUGAUACAAGGUUUGAAUUCCUGCAGCCCUGGAACCAGUAUAAUGCAUAUUAUGAAUUCAAGAAGCAGUAUUUCCGCCUGAAGGAAGGAGGCAGUAUGAUAGAGAGCCUGACUGCUUCAGAUUCUGAAAACGAAACGUCUGUUUCUCCUCAAGAAUCGGCUGUCUUAAGCAUUUCAGACACAGAAAGCCUGAUAACCAAGGCAGCAAACUGCUCAUCUGAUAUACCAGCUAAUGAGGGCAAACUAAUUAAAGCCUCCUUUGCCCCCAUAAGUUUUGCUAUCAAAGCGAAAGAAAAUGAUCUCCUUCCGCUUGAGAAAAACCGAGUGAAGCUGGAUGACGACAGUGACGAAGAGGAGGGGGAGAAGGAUGGUCAAGAGAACCCCAGCUCUGGGGUAGUCAAGGAGGCUCCGGUUAUAGAGGAGAAGAAACCACAGCUUACACCGGAGGAGCUGGAGGCAAAACAGGCUAAACAGAAGCUGGAGGACAGACUGUCAGCUGCAGCCCGGGAGAAGCUAGCCCAGGCCUCAAAGGAAUCCAAGGAGAAACAGCUGCAGGCAGAGCGCAAGAGAAAAGCAGCCCUCUUCUUGCAGAACCUCAAAAAUCCGCUGGCAGAACCUGAAGCGAAGAAAGCUGAAGACAGCCCUGCUCAGGCAGAGCAGGAGAUUGUUGAAGUUUCUGCCGCCACAUCCGUUGGAUCAAAAGUUUUCACAGCGGUGGAAUCAAAAUCCUCCAACAAGAAGUCGGGUAAAAGGAAAGAUUCCUUGCGUGAUCGAGAAAAGGAGAAGAAAAAGAAAAAGCACAAGAAGAGGUCUCGUUCCAGAUCUCGAUCCCGCUCCAGAUCCCACUCACGUUCCAAAGCCAAGCACGCGCUUCCAAGUGCCUACAGGACUGUACGGAAGUCAAGAUCCAGGUCAAGGACUCCCAAUAGAAGACGAGAUCGCUCUUCAGAAAGAAGAUGUGAGGAAAAAGAAAGGGAGAGAUGUGUCCCCAGUGCUUAUCGGAUCAGUAACGGCCCAGGCUUCAGCAAGAAACGCUCAAGGUCAAGGUCUCCUCAUGAAAAGAGAAAGAAGAGAAGCUCAAAGUCGCAGAUAAAAUCUAAAGCUCAGUCCCGUUCACAGUCCUCUUCCCCGAAGCAGGCUUCCAAUAAGAAACCAGCUUCCGCACAUUCUACCAGUAUAUCUCCUGUGGAGAGCAGAGACUCCAGCCAGGAGCGAUCCAGGGGAGAAUCUCAGGAAAAAGACAAACCAGUAUCCUCGCCUUUUGUCUCCUCUGUUCAAACUAAAAUCACUCAGGAUAUGAUGGCCAAAGUAAGAGCAAUGUUGGCUGCUUCAAAAGAUUUACAAGCUAGCAGCUCCUGAGCACCCCAUCAGAUCAGACCCCAGGGAAAACAGCUAUUAAACCAGAGCCAUGAUCUGCCUCGCCACCACAACAGGACAAAACAGAAUUAUGUUGCAGUCCAUCUGGUCAAGCUGCUGCUUGUGGCAGAUAGUCCAGAAUCGGAAGCAAUCAGAGUUUUUGGUUAAUUUUAAUGUGGUUAAUUUGGUUCCUUGUUGGUUUCAGCAGAAUGUGUUGCAUCCCAUAGGGAAAAAAAAGGCACCAUGUCUGUUAGAGGUUUUAUACAUAAAAUCUGGCUUGUUGGCUGUCAGACCUUUUGUGACUCGAGCUCCAUGUGCAUUGUUAAAAAAUAGAUGCAUACUAAAAAUGGAGCUCUUUACUCAGUGCAUUGGAUCCAUACUAUUGGUUCUAGUGAGAUUCAAAUUUAGAAAUAAGAAUGUAAUAAAGCUUGCUCUCCUGUAAGCAUAUGCUCUUCACUCAUUAUUGAAUAGCUUCUAAGUUAUUUUUUCUCUUUGUAAGUACAAAAGGUUUGCCCGCCCACUCUUUCUUUAGAAGCCAGAUGGGGAAACAAGUUUAUCCUUCUAUGAAGGAGUAAUCAUCUUUUUUUCAAACAGACUGUAACCGUUAAGGGAUUUUCUUUUAAUCCCCCCAUCUUAUCUAGUUUCCUUUACUUUACUGCCUUUACACUGUCUGUAAGUAUGUACAGGAUUUCUUGGCUGUGCUGGUUUAUAAAAUGUGUCAAUAAAUUUGGAACAUGUACAGA